AUGACGACAUCACCACUGAGCCUGCUGAUAUGGGCCAGGGAGCCUUUGGCAAAGAGCUCAAGUUACAAUCCAAAAGCUGCAGCCUUAUUCGUCCACCUGGGACUUCCAAGUCUUUCCGACAGAGGCCAGAAUGUUGUGCUAAAUGAAAACAACAUCAUGGAGGUAGUGGACAUGGUCCUUGACGACAAUGGACCAGCUCAGGGAAAAGGCCCCUGGUUUUGGAAUGGUGAAAACACAGGAGAUGUCCUACUACUUCGACAAGACGAGAAGGAUAUGACGGUCGAGGAAGUCGAGCUACUCUGCGAGUUCGCCUGCGAUAUUGUCAGUCCAAUUAUUUCAGAAAUGCAGGAUCGGUGGGAGGACGGCGCCAGCGACGGGGCUUAUAAGCUGAUUCCUGAAGACAAGCCUAACGAAUUCAGGCAGAGAGUCUCAAGCUGCCAGAAAAGCGAGAGCCCUCCUGAGCCCUCGGGGUGUUAA